UAUGUAAAUGUUCAGUGUAUGAAAACUCUUAUGAGGCCAUACAAAAAAAGUCUGGUACCUUUUUUUUUUAAGAACUAAGAGUUCAGUUCUUUCAUUCUGAACAAUCUUUAAGUGGUCAUGCUCUUCCUUUACUGGUUUAUGAAGAUUAUUACCUCACAAACAAAACAAGUUGUAAAUGAUGCUCAGGGAACUGAAUUCAUCUCGAACUCUACUACGGGAAGUAGAAAUUUCAACCAAUGACAUUUGCUAAUUUGUAUUUCCAAAUAAACAUUAAGAAACUAUAGAAUUUUUUGCUUUACUUUGCUAUUGUUUCUUCACAAUCUUGUAAUCAUGGAGACAGAAAGAGAAGGAGGUAAAGAGGCAGAGGGGAAGAGGAGAUCAGGUUUCUCGGCAGCUCUGUACCCUAAUCCUGGAUUUGGAAACGGGAUGAGAAGAACACAGGUAAGUACAAACAACAAGCAAUUACAGCACUGACAUAGAAUUGAAAGGUGGGGGGAGAGCAGCUAGACAGGAAACGGGGAAUCUCAUAGGUUGUGAGAGGGGUUGGUUAGAUGUAGGUGGGAUAUAAAUACCUGCAGUAGAGUAGGGCAGAAAAAUGCUGAGGGCAUGACAGAUGCUGACUUCCAUUGAUCGACGAAGGUUAUAACAGACCAGCAGGGCUGCAUUGUUUAGCUCUCAUUAGAGGAGACUCACAUUUCAGCAGGUGUAAUAGUGAUUUUAAAUCGAACAGGAACCAUUUUGGUAUUCACCUCGUUUGAGGGUAGGGUUCUGCUUAAAACUUUAAAGAGUUUUGGUGGAGUUGCUGAAAGGAAAAAAAAAGUAACCUCUCGCAGUUUUCUACCCUCAUAUUCCCCACAAGUGCCUCAAGGGAGACACAUGCUUGACUGAGCCAGAGAAAAAAGGACAAGAAAAGAAGACGAUACUCGAGGUGUAAGACAACUAACGCAGCCAGGAAAAGACAGCAGAACAAGAGAGGCCAAAGAAGACGAGACGGAAUCUCAAGAAAGAAGGCAAGAUGAUAGAUUUUAGGAAUGCAAUUUAGAGAAGAAAACGUCAAUGGAAGACAAGACCAAAUAAAGUGAGUUAUUGUGCGUUUAAGAAAAGAAAGCUUUUUAAGAGACAGACAUCAGUUAACACUAAGACUGCUAAAGAAAGCCAAAGAAACAUGGCAUGUCAGGGAUUUGGUGCUGAUUCCUUCACCCCGCUGGCAGGCGAUUCACCCUUACCAAUCCUCAUGCACCAUGGCAGCACCGGUGACUGUUUACCGGCCACGUCCCAUGCUCAUGGUAUGGUUUCUGCAGGAUUGUCCCUGGGUCAGACCUCCAAGAGGUCCCACAUGCACCUGUCCACUUCCUCUCUUGGGAACGCCCUCAGUAACGCUCCUCCAAGUUUGCAUUACCCAGUCACCCCCUGCCACUACAGCAACCAGCAAGCAACCUAUGGCAUGAUGACAGCCCAGGAGAUGCUUUCUGCCAGUAUAUCUCAGACUCGUAUCCUGCAGACCUGUGGCGUCCCUCACCCCAACAUGGUGAGUGCUGCAAAUCCAUUACAAGGCUCUCUGACUCCUUGCAUAUAUAAGUUUCCAGACCACGGACUCAGUAGCAGCUCUUGUGCUCUGAGCCACGGUUUUUCCUCGCUGCCGUCGACACUCCUUUCAGCCGACGAGGUCUCCGGGGGCCCCGGCGGAGAAGUGAAAGGUGACGCACAUCGGAAAGGGAUGCGGGAGCAGGAAGAAGCCCCCCCUAUGGACUCCCUGCAGAUACGAGAACUGGAAAUGUUUGCUAAUGACUUCAAAAUACGCCGGAUCAAACUGGGCUACACUCAGACUAAUGUAGGCGAGGCUCUUGCCGCAGUACACGGCUCAGAGUUCAGCCAGACCACGAUCUGCCGCUUUGAAAAUUUGCAGCUGAGCUUUAAGAACGCCUGCAAACUCAAGGCCAUUCUGGCAAAAUGGCUCGACGAGGCUGAGCUGGCUGGUGCGUUGUACAACGAUAAAACUGGAAUGAAUGAGCGAAAGAGGAAAAGGAGAACAACCAUCAGCCUGGGAGCUAAGGAGGCCCUGGAGCGAAGCUUUGUGGAGAAAACUAAGCCAUCCUCUCAGGAAAUAGCCCGGAUAGCCAAAGGGCUCCAUCUGGAGAAGGAGGUGGUCAGAGUCUGGUUUUGCAACAGACGCCAAAGAGAGAAACGUGUCAAAACGAGCCUGAGCCUGAGCUCCUGUUUGACCAAAAUCAGUCCAAACUGUCUCACACAAAUAAGUAAAACCCAAAGACCACUGACUUAAACUGAAGCGCUAAAGUGGCUUCUGAGCUAAUGCGACGGAGGCUCUUUCAUGACCACAACUUUUCAGGCAGAUCCAAGAGUAAUAAAUUCAGUAACAUGCAGCAAUGGUGAAACGAAAAACGUUUGUAAAAAAAAAAAAAAAAA